CAUAGUCUUUUGAGAAUUGAGAGCGACAAUCCUUUGAAAAGCAGAGCAGAAAACUAACAAAAUUAGGAUAAAAUAAAGCUUUUAAAAAGCUCUCAUUUUCUACCUCAAAAGGAUGUGAACUUUGUUUGUCCUUCUGCUUCCUCUACUCUUUUUCUUUUCCCAUAGAUUCAUUUCAAACUUUUUUUUUAUUAUUAUUUUUAUAUUUUGGUUACUUCUUCAGAUGACAAAAUUAGGUAGUACUCAAAAGUAUCUUCUUGUUGUUCUUGACUUACUCUCACCUUAAUUUGUUGUCAGUGUGUGUGAUUCAAAAAUGUUGUCAAUUUGGGGAAAUCACUUCAAAAAUGGAGCACUCAUUACUCAUUUUGAAGGUAAGAGCUCCAAAGUUCAUUCCUUUAUAAGUUUAUACUCUUAUUUGGCUGUAUUUUUAGGUGCAUUUAUAUUGCUGGGUUUAAGUAAUUGUGGGUUUUCUGAGCAAGUGGGAAUGGUUUCAGUACCACUAGGUUUUGAGGUUUCUGGGUUUGAUAAAACUACUACUUGGGUGUCUCAAAAUGGUGUUUUUGCAUUUGGAUUCUUAGAGGGUGGAUAUAUGAGAAGCAUUUAUGAUGAUAAAAAUGAUGGGGUUUUUGUUGGAAUUAGGUAUAAUUUAGGUAAUAAAGUUGCUAAUUUGCCUGUUUGGACUGUUGGUGGAGGUCUUAGGGUAUCUGUGAACUCUACAUUUAGGCUUUCUGAGGAUGGUAGGCUGGUAUUGUUUGAGAACACCAAUGGUUUUAUUCUUUGGAGUAGUAAUACUUCUAAAUUGGGUGUUCAAAAAGCCAGUCUUUUGGAUAAUGGUAAUCUAGUCUUGCUAAACACCCAAGAUCAAGUGGUUUGGCAGAGUUUCAAUAGCCCUACUUCCAGUUUACUUCCUGGUCAAUCUUUUCAUUUCCCUCAAACUCUUAGAGCACCUUCAACAAAGUCGAUUUCGAGCUACUAUAACUUCGUGAUUCGCCCUUCUGGCGAGCUUGCUUUGGUGUGGGAGAGCAAUGUGACUUAUUGGAAGGGUGGUGGUGGUGGUGGUGGUGGUGGUGGUGGUGGUGCUUUGAGCUCCCCUUCUCCUGGUAUUGUUACUACUAAAGUAGCAAGAUUUGAUUCUGAUGGUAUUUUGGGAGUGUUUGAUUUUGGUAACAAAACCAUUUGGUCUAUAACAAGCAAGGAUUUUCAAGACUCUUCAGUGAGGCUAAGGCAUCUAAGGAUUGACAAUGAUGGUAACUUGAGGAUAUACUCGUGGUAUAGCGGGCUUAACUUGUGGAAGGUUGGGUGGCAAGCUGUUGAGAACCAAUGCAACGUGUUCGGUUCUUGUGGAUUGUAUAGCUUGUGUGGUUUCAAUUCAAGUGGACCUGUUUGUAAUUGCCUACACGAGGGUACCAUAGAUGGGGGUAGUAGUGACUUGAGUAUUUCUGGGUGCAAAAAGUUGGUGGAUUUAGGUAACUGUAAAAUGCGCACAAGCAUGCUGGUUUCGAAGAACACUGUCCUUUAUGGUCUAUAUCCUCCACACGACUUUGAUAUCAUGUUAAACGAGAAUGAUUGCAAGGCGUAUUGCUCUAAUGAUACUUCUUGUAUAGCUGCAACCUCUAAAAAUGAUGGUUCAGGACUCUGUACAGUUAAAAGAACUAGCUUUAUUAGUGGGUAUAGUGACCCUUCUUUACCUGCUAUCUCAUUCUUGAAGGUUUGUUUGGUUCCUCAGGCAGUUUCAGCUCGAAAAGCCAUUCCUCAAAGUGAAGGAAGUGCAGCAAAUCCUUUGUCAUCUGCAAGAAUCAUUGGUCAUGAUGCAAAUGCUGGUAAAUUUGUGACUGCUCUUGCCUUAAUAGGGUUAGCUACUGCUUUGUUGAUCCUCACAGUGGAGAUUGUUGUUGGUUUGAUCGUUUAUCAUAGACGGAAGAAAGAUACUGUGAAAUCAACAAUUCCUUUUGACAAAGAUGCUCAGAAGAAUCCACAAUACAGUGCUCUUGUAAGGUUAUCCUUUGAAGAAAUAAAGGAGUUGACUUCAGACUUUGCAACUCAACUUGGCCCCUCUAUAUUCCAAGGCAUACUUCCUAACCAAACUCCCAUUAUUGUAAAAAUGCUAAACAAUUUAGUUGUAUCAGAGAAGGAUUUCCGUACAGCAGUUUCUAUUUUGGGUGGAACUCAUCACCGGAAUCUUGUUGCUGUAAAGGGUUUCUGUUGUGACCGGAAGUAUAAUAAAUUCGUUAUCUAUGAGUUCGUACCACGUGGCUCUCUGGAUAAGUUGUUGUUUGAUAACCCGAAUGAGCUACAAUGGCAGGAGAGGGUUGACAUUGCUCUUGGUGUGGCACGUGCUCUUGCCUAUUUACAUUCGGAGUGUCAAAGCUGUGUUGCUCAUGGAAAUUUGAAGCUCGAGAAUGUGAUGCUGGAUCAAAAUUUGGUGCCGAAACUGAUGGAUUUUGGACUUUUUCAGAAGGAAACAGGCACUUCUUCGUCAGAGUCAGCAUCUGAGAAGGACAUAUACAAGUUUGGAGAAAUGCUGCUUCAGAUAGCAAGGCUCAAAAGGGAUGUUAUCCGUGUUGAUGUUGAUGUUAACCAUUUGAUCAACGAGAUAGUGGAAACGCAGAGAUUGGAAGGGCGUGAUGCGUAUGAGAAAGUAGAAAGAGUAGUAAGAAUAGCUCUUUGGUGUGUGCAAACUCAACCGUUUCUGAGACCUUCAAUUGGUGAAGUAGUAAAGGUGUUAGAAGGUACACUUUCUGUAGAUAGACCUCCCUCGAGUUUUGCCUUCAGAUCAGGGCAACAACAAGUAGAAGAAGAGGAGAAGAAUGAAAUUCAAGAACUUCCAUAGAGGAAGAAAAGCUGAAUUUUGGCUAGGACUUUUGACUUUUUUUUUAAGUCAAGAAUGUGUGGUGUUUUGGAGUUUGACAUGUUUAUUUGAGCCAGAUUAAACUUCAGUUACACCUUUGUAUUGAGAAACCAUUACCAUUAAUUGUUAACCAAUGCAAUCUUCUGUAAAGAGAAAUGGAUUUUGAGAUAGUAAUUUGCAUAUUGCCA